CUCAUGGUCCUACAUCGCUCCAUUACCGAAAUUAUCACCACUCUCGGUCUAUUACACUAUGUCUUCAACAUCACUUAACAAGAAGCAAUGUGAGUUAACAUGGGAUAGAUUACCUGCAGAAAUCCGGCUUCUCAUCUUCAAAGCCCUGAUGCAAGACGGUUGCACACUGGCUCGCUUGGCCACAGUGUCUCGCGAAUGGCAAACAGAACUCGAGCGAUAUAACUUCGCUCGAAUCAAAUUAACGCCAUCGCGCCUCGUUGAUUUUAGUUGGAUGGUUCAUCGCAAUCGGGCUCUCGUCAGCUAUAUCUGGUUCUGUUUGGAACUUGAUAACUAUGACUGCACCAAGUGCGCGCCCACCACAAACUCUUUUUCUAUCACCGAUACAGAUCAUUGUCCUAUUACCACGGCAUUCCAGAUUCUGUUCUCGGUUCUCAGCACAUGGGAUCUUAACGGCGAUCUGAUACUUGAUAUUAGUAUCUACUCGCCUAGUGACUCGGAACAUUGGUUUAAAUAUCUGACCUUUAUGCCCGAUACCCUAGGUGGUGGUGGUGGUAUAGAGCAGAUGAUAUUAGACAAAGCCUCUCAUGAUCCUCAACAUGGUUGGGUCGCUGGUUUUCGACACUCCGCUCCGUCCUUGACGGCUAUACGCAAAGUUUUCCAUGGAGUUAUGGAGGAGGGACCGUUUGAUAGUGAACAGUCAGAGUACCAAUGGUGGGAUCAGCUUCCAUCGGUCCCGGCGGUAACCAGUUUACUUCUCCGGCAACAGAACCGCCGGAGAUGGAAGCCAGACUCGCUUGCACAUAUGUUUGCCCGUUUUCCCAGACUCCAGGAAGUCCACUACGAGCCUUGGAGGGAAUGGGACGCUCUGCAGCGCGAUACAGAUAGACGUUACCGAUAUCUUUUCGAGUCUAUCCGACGUUUCAACAACAAUCUCAAGAGACUUGUGGUCUUCGAGAACUUUAAUCAACAGUAUCCAACUGUUAUGCAGCGAUUCCAGUUCGGGGAAGACGUGUACCAGUGCGACAGUAUUCGCAACCCAGCCCCAGCUGUUAGCCGGAUGAUCGCGCUCGCCAGCCUGAAGCUUGAGCAUCUUGCAGCAUCUUUUAUCGUAGAUGCUAGCCAUUUCUUCGAAAUCGAACCCUCUUGGGAGUGGCCGAACCUAAUUUCGCUCGUGCUUACUUCAAAAGUACUUACGCCCGACGACAAUCCGAUCGAUAUUGGGGCGAUGCUUCAGGCAGCGGCGGCAGCGGCCAUGAAAAUGCCACAACUAGAAACAAUGGAGAUUUGGAACGGACGAAAGGGGCUGGCGGCGCUCUUCAAGUAUCAGGCGUUCCGCGAUAUACAGGAAGCCAGAAUUACGUGGCGAGGUACGUGGAAAUUGACCAUAGAACCAUCUAUAAUCCAGGCUUGGGAAGCCGUCGUACAUCGGCAUGACGGCUGGAGAUUCAAUUUGGUGGAGGAGCGGCUGGAUGAGGCUGCGAUCAAGUCUCAUGGUGAUGCCAUUCACGACCUAAUGCUCUCAAGCGAAGUCAUUCGACCCGUCUCGUUGCAGCAGAUCCAGAUAGAACAGAAAGCUCUGGAGGGCGUGAAGACCGUGUAAUACCGAUUGAAGUAUGGGACUGACUGCUACGGCUGGG